AUGAAGCUGUACGUUGAUGAGAGCUUACAACAGGCUCAUGAAUCGUCCUUCGUCACUGGACGUGUGCCUCCACGGGAAGUCCUUCCACCUGGGCUUUCUAAGGCGAGGUUUGACCAUGUUCUUCAACAAUUUCGAUCCGUUGUUGGACCAGAGAAUGUGCACACUGGCUCGAACCUGCUGAAUUUCGUGGAUCCUUUCGGUGUCAACGAAGACCAUAUUCCUUCUGCUGCUGUGUGCCCCGCAAGCGUCAAUGAUAUCCAAAAUAUCGUUCGAAUGGCGAAUUGCCACAAAAUCCCUCUUUGGACAACUUCGAAAGGCAAGAACCUGGGGUACGGCGGUCCGGCUCCGUUGGUACUUGGUUCAGUGGUCGUGUCCUUGCACCGCAUGUCUCAAAUUUUGGAAGUGAAUGAAAAAAUGGCAUACGCCGUGGUUGAGCCUGGUGUCAGCUUCCAUGACUUGGCACAGCACUGUACCGAGCACAAUCCUUCCGUGUGGCCAAGCGUUCCCUUCAUCUCGUGGGGUAGUGUUGUUGGAAAUACUCUCGAUCGUGGCUUUGGUUACAACCCACUGGGAGAGCAUCAUCACCAUAUCUGUGGACUGGAGGUCGUACUCCCAAACGGGGAGCUUCUACGAACUGGACAAUGGGCUGCGGAUAAUUGUUCAAUUUCUCAUACUCAUAAAAGCAGCUUUGGACCCCAGGUUGACGGCCUGUUCCUCCAGAGUAAUCUAGGAAUUGUGACAAAAAUGGGAAUUGGCAUGUAUCCUCGACCGCAAGCGUACAUGUCUCUCGCUGUACAUGGACAAGAGCAUCAGGACCUAGAGGGGCUCAUCGAGGCCUUUGCACAGUUACGCCGAGAAGAUAUCAUUCAAAAUGACCCUCUCAUUGGCAACAUCCUUGGUGCCGUGUCGACCCUCACGCAAAAGUCCGAAUACUACCAAGGAAAAGGCCCUAUUCCACCCAUAAUCAUUGAAAAGAUGAAGCAGGAUUUCAAGCUGGGCCACUGGAUAAUCAUGUUUGAUUUCUAUGGCACCGAGGACAUGAUACUUGCUCGUCUGAGUCGAACAAAAGAAGUUUUGACCCAGCGCUGCCCAUCAGCGAAGCUAGAACAUACGCUCCACGUCGAAAAGGAUGGCAAACCACUUGAUAACAAAGUACUCGCAAACUCAACACGCCCAGAGGUCGUUGGUAUGGGCCGGAUCGACAGUGUGAAGAUGGUCAGUUUCGCGUUGCCGCCAGACGGGGGCCACCCAGCGCACACAGACUUUGUACCUGUCCUGCCACACGAUAGCAAAUUUGCCCUGCGAUGGGUCCAAGAAGCUGAGAAGAUAUGCAAAGAUCAUGGAUUCGAUGCUUUCACGGGCGGACAUAUCUUCAAGAAGCACCUGCUCAUUACGCACAUGAUAUAUUACGAUAGCGACAACAAAGAUGAUACUGAGAACGUCCAGCGUCUGUGGACUGACCUAGAACAGCACGCAAAAAACUACAACCUGACGAACUAUCGGUCACACCUUGACAACAUGGGUAGGUCAACGUCACUAAGGUCCCUGGAAUGUAUGAACCACGCUGACGGCCAGAAAGAUCGGAUUCAGGACGUUUACAACUACAAUAAUCAUGCGUACCGGCGAUUUGUUGAAGAUAUCAAGGUACUUCCCCAAGCUCUCACUAAGUACAUAUGGAUGGACCGUCAAGAUGCUAACCAAAUGUGA